AAAAAAGAGCAGACGUUGACUUGUUUUACCAAUUGCGAAAGAAACCAAUCUGCCGGCGGAUAUCACGAUAUCACCUGUCAAUGGAAACUGUUCCCGUCCUCCGCCCCCGUUCAUGCCUCCUCACGCUCACCGCCGAGAUGAAGCAGCCCUCGACCCUCGUCCUCCUAAUUCUUCUCUCCGCGGUCUGGUCACCGCCGGUGACCAUCGCCUCCUCCUCCUGCAAAGCAUGGCUCGUGCAGUCCAUCCCCACCGACAUGCCCCUCCUCCCCCGCGUCCCCGGCGUCCUCUCCUCCGGUGAGGUGCUUAAAUGGUUGGCCGGAAACGCGACGGAGAGGUUGGAUAUUAUAGCGCAGUACUGGCAGUUAGUGGCAGAGCCUGAAAACCCUAAAUCAGGGGAUUAUGGGUACUCUGAUGAGCAGAUGAAGAGAUAUGGGGCUGAUGAGGGGCGAGAGGUUUAUAAGGCGCUUGAGGAUGCUGCUGAUCGAAAGGUCAAUAUGAGGUUUGUGCAGCAUUCUGGAGUCUACCCUGAUUACACCAAGGAGCCAUCUGAUCUUGCUUCAGGACGACCAAAUGUGAAGAAUGUCACUUUACUUUUUGAUAGUUGGUGGGGGUCAGGCAUUGUCCAUGCAAAAGUUUGGAUAUCUGAUGGUAAAGACAUCUAUGUUGGAUCAGCCAACAAUGACUGGAAAUCUCUCACCCAGGUGAAAGAACUUGGGAUCUAUCUUGUUGGCUGCCCUGGGAUUGCCAAGAAGUUGGAAAUCUAUUUUGACAACCUGUUUAAACUUUCAUCUCUUAACUCAACAUCCUACACAAAAGUAGUGCAGGAUGAGCAUUGGCAAGUUAAUAGAAAAGUACCUUGCUGGUCGCAUUUCAUCAAUCCCAGAGAGAGAUGCAGGUCUCCUCUUCCUUACUAUGUGGAUGUCCCACAUACAGAUGGUUAUCCGAUACUGUCAGACCCCCAUAUGUUCGGGAUUCCUCUGGAGACUCCUGGAUACAAUAUCUCCAGUUCAUUGCAACACUCAAGCUAUCUAUCAUUUGCCCCACCAGAGCUGUUAUUUGGUAAGUUCCAGGCUGAUGAACAGGCGUGGGUAGAGACGAUUAAGUCUGUGGAAUUUGGCGGGACUGUGAGAAUUAGUACCAUGGAUUGGCUUGGUCAAUCAGAAUAUGCAAAGCAGACAAUAUACUGGUCCUCCCUGUCCUCUGCAAUUUCUGAGGUCGUCUUCUCCAAGAACACAAAUGUGAAAAUACUAGUAGCCCAUUGGUCACAUUUCAUCGAGAAUACCGAUCAAUAUCUGAAAUCUCUCCUCUACUCCAACAUCCUAUGCACAUCCUCAAAAUACAAUAGCUGCAAGGGUAAAGUUGAGAUCAAGUAUUACGAAGUUCCUGGGUAUGGAAAAACUGGACCAGCAAUAAGCAAAGGAUCGCCAACUGGAAAUAUAUACCCAGGCUUCACACGGGUGAACCACGGGAAAUAUGCAGUUACUGAUGCGCGUGCACAUAUUGGAACUAGUAACCUCAUAUGGGACUAUUUUUACACUACUGCAGGUGUUAGCUUCGGCACUUAUAACACUGCGAUAGUAAAGCAACUACAAGAGAUUUUUGAUGCAGAUUGGAAUUCUCCAUACGCUAUCCCAGUUGCGCCGCUAUCAGCUGCAUAAAGUUUUUUGAUAGCGUGGAGAGGAUUUGUGCAUUCGGGCAAUUAUCUAUAAAUUGGUUCAUAGUUGGAAAUGUGGUUAUUGAACAGUCAAGGUAAUGAGAGUAGAUGUUUUAGUGGGGUGGUAUACUUCUUUGCAAAGCCUACCCUUGCUAUUUCAAAAACGUGAGGAUUGUAUUUAUUUCAGAUGCUACCAUCAAAAUAACAAGUACCAAGCUGUGCAUUAAUUUUCACUUCACAAUUCAGAAAUUGUAUCCAGCAUGAAUAUUGUCUGAUUAAGCUGUGAAUGAUUUUCUUGUUAGUGUUACUUUUGAAA